AUGACGAAUCUUGGUCCCCUAACAACGACAUUCACCGCUACCGGCGCGGAUUGCCAAUCUACGUAUUUGGCUGCUAAUAACGAUAAUCAGUGGAUCCACGGGUUUACCUGUCGGACGGGAAUAGAUCGUGCCACCGAUCCUUUCGCGUGCGCGUCAACCUACGCUAGCGACACAUACGUCUCAGUGAAUUACUACAAAUUUACAUCGGCAUCCGACUCACCGGAAUCUGUCAACACCACCUCGGAAACGACAACUUUCUUUGUUGAAGCGUCCGGGGCAUAUGUAGAAGCAUAUGGUCCUGUGGUUCGGCGAUCAGAAGGAGAUCCUGAAUGGAGCACCACGACUUCUACAUCCACCGGCUCGACGAGCAGCACUGAGCAGAGCGGGACUGUGAGCGGUACCAGCACGUCUAGUAUAGCAAGUGCCACUUCAAGCUCCGGAUCAAACAGCAAUACAAGUUCUGGCAGCGGUCUCAGCGUCGGCGCUAGCGCAGGUAUCGGCGUCGGCGUGGCUGUCGGGUGUAUUAUCUUCAUCUCAUGUAUCGUGGCAGCAUAUAUAAUAGGAAAGCGGAGAAGAGCCGCGGCACAAGGGCCAGACGGUCCCCAAAGUCCUCCCUACAGGGGUGGCGUGCCCGUGCCUGGGCAGACGGCAGAGCUAACCAGUACCGAAUUCAAACCGUGGGAGCUACCAAACGGCUAUCAACAGGUAGCGGAGAUGGAUAGCCACGACCAGAGGAGCGAGAUGGCCGCACACAGCCCUCCAAUCGAGCUUCAGGCAUCUCAAGGACGUGAUCGAUACGCCUGA